AUGAAGAAGGUGAUUUGCUUGGUGCUGGUUUUGGCACUAGUGGCCAUUGCAGGGGUUGAAGCAGAUGGGUAUGGAGUGUGUGGAAAGUUCAGUCCAGAUAGAAUGCUCACACAUGUUCUUCGUCACUGCAAGAAACCUGCAACUGAUUUAACUGUUCCCGUCUCACCAAAGUGCUGCGAGCCUCUCUUCCAGAUAUCUGAGGAAUGCUUCUAUGCUAUCAUCAAUUCCGACACCUGGAAGUAUUCAGGCCUCGACCCCAGAAUCGCCUUCACCAUUCCCAGGCGUUGCCAUUACCACCACCAUUAG